GCAUGUCGUACCGGGGGAUCCUCGCCUGUGCUGUGCAAGGAUGAGAGCCACGCGCGCGUUGCUGCUGCUGCGUUUGUCUCGCGGGAGCCGCAUUCUCGGCCUGGCGCGUGUGCAGCGAUGCGGGGAGACGCGGAGCAGCGCGCCUGAGAACCCGCCUCUCUCUCUCUCGGUGCACCACUCAGCACCACCGCCAACUCAGCAGCAGCUGCUGCAACAGCAACAGCGAGUUAUCUAAUUCCUGGCUUCCACCAAUGGUCGCAAAGAGCACGGGGCACUCCCCCCCCCCCCCCCCCCAGCAGCCCCGGGGAGUGGCAUUGGUCUGAAGAGCUCCGUCCUCACUCCCCCGGCUCCCCAGGGUGGUGGUGGUGAUGGUGGUUGUUGUUGUUGUAGUCGUGGACCCCGACGUAUCCACCACCGCUCGCUCCGUGCUGGCAGACGGGCGGGCGAGCGAGCGAGAUUCCAGCACGCAAUCGGUGUGUUCUGCAGACUCGGUGUGCAUGCAGCUGUUUCUCAUGGCCACCUGGUCCACAAGAUUAAGCUCCUGCUCGGCACACUACGCUGGCAGCUCUUAUGCCGGUUGAACUCCACUCAGGGUGCCUCAUGCUCACUGACGUGUGCAGGAUGCACUCCCGUUUGCCGGACUAAUCUGAAAAAAAUCCACAUCUCAGGCCUGUAUUGAGCCUUGGAAGACAGAGGAGGAAAGGUGAGUGGAACAACAGGACGAGAAUCAAGGGAAGAAGCAGAAGACGGAAACAAUUUAAAGUUAGAACAACACAGAAAUACAAGAUAAAGAAAAUGUGCAAUAAUAACUAAAGAAGGUAAGAGAGACAGGGAAACAAGAAUAGAACUAUAAUACAAAUUUAAGUAACCAUUUGGUAGAAGAUUCUAUUAAAUGUAGGAUUAACUGUGAUGCAAGGAAAUGAAAUUAAAAUCUAUAAAAGAAGAUCAAGCAAAUAGAUUUUAACAAAGCACAAGCAGACAAAGAGUCACGAGACAAGAAGAUACCAGGCAAGGUGAGAAGGUAGGAAGAGAGGACGAUCAACAAAAUCAAGCAAUCACGAAACUGGUAAAACAAAAACGGCAUAAAGUAACACGCAGUAACAACACCAAAGAGCUGAACACGUGGCAGGAAAACCAGAGUCUGUGGAGUAAGAGGACUGAUCUGUCGCUGUCACUGACAACGAGGAGAGAUGGCGCAGGUUUGCCGGAUCCUAUCGCGGGCCCCGGGCUCGCUGAGCAGGGGAACGCGUGGCCUGUCCGCGGCGGCCUCGUCGUCAUCAUCGUCGUCGUCAUCGUCGCCACCGUCGGCAGAGAAGGCCGUGCCGUACGCCAAGACGCUGAAGGAGGAGGACGGCGGUGGCGGGGCGAAGGUUCCCGGCGCUCCCAGCAAAGCGCUGCCGCGGCACGCGAGCGUCGUGGUGGUGGGCGGCGGUAGCCUGGGCUGCCAGACGCUCUACCACCUGGCCAAGGCCGGCGUGACGGACGCCGUGCUGCUCGAGAGGGACCGGCUCACGGCCGGCACCACCUGGCACACGGCCGGCUUGCUAUGGCAGCUGCGGCCGAGCGACACGGAGGUGGAGCUGCUGAGGCACACGCGCCGCGUCGUCUCGGAAGACCUGGAGCGCGAGACGGGCCUGCACACCGGCUGGAUCCAGAAUGGGGGGCUCUUCAUCGCCUCCAACCGCCAGCGCCUCGACGAGUACAAGCGCCUCAUGUCUCUGGGCAAGGCGUACGGCAUCGAGUCGCACGUGCUGUCUCCCGCCGACACCAAGGCGCUCUACCCGCUCAUGAACGUUGACGACCUUUACGGGACGCUGUACGUGCCGGGCGACGGCACCAUGGACCCCGCCGGCACGUGCUCCACCCUGGCCCGCGCCGCCACGGCACGCGGAGCCCAGGUGAUAGAGAACUGCGCGGUGACCGGCGUGCGCGUGGAGGAGGACGACAUGGGCGUAGCGAGGGUGCGCGCCGUGGAGACGCAGCACGGCGUCAUCCACACGCCCUGCGUCGUCAACUGUGCCGGGGUGUGGGCAAGGAAGUUGGGACGAAUGGCGGGCGUGAAUGUGCCUCUCUGCGCCAUGCACCACGCGUACGUGGUGACGGAGCGCAUUGAGGGAAUCCAGAACAUGCCCAACGUCCGAGACCACGACGCCUCCGUGUACCUGCGCCUGCAGGGCGACGCGUUGUCCGUGGGGGGCUACGAGUCCAACCCCGUCUUCUGGGAGGAGGUCUCCGACAGCUUCGCGUUCGGACUGUUCGACCUCGACUGGGACGUCUUCGCGCAGCACAUCGAGGGCGCCGUCAACCGCGUGCCCACGCUCGCCAACACCGGCAUCAAGUCCACCGUGUGCGGCCCCGAAUCCUUCACUGCAGACCACAAGCCUCUGCUGGGAGAGUCGCCGGAAGUGCGUGGAUUUUUUCUUGGCUGCGGCUUCAACAGCGCAGGGAUGAUGCUGGGAGGUGGCUGUGGCCAGGAGCUGGCUCACUGGAUCAUUCAUGGACGCCCAGAGAAAGACAUGUUCAGCUACGACAUACGACGUUUCCACGGCUCCAUGACGAAUGACAACCGCUGGAUUCGCGAGCGGAGUCACGAAUCGUAUGCCAAGAACUACUCGGUGGUCUUCCCGCACGACGAGCCGCUGGCCUUCCGCAACGCUCGCCUCGACCCCUUCCACAAGGUGCUGCAGCAGCAAGGCUGCGUGUUCCAAGAGCGCCACGGGUGGGAAAGACCCGGAUGGUUCAACUUGGAAGGAGCCGCUGACGUUCUCCCCUACGACUAUUAUGGCUCCUACGGCCACAAGCCCCACCAGGAUUACAAAUACAAGAGCCUCCUGUCGGACGAGUACACAUUCGACUUCCCUCCCCAUCACCACGUGAUCCGAGACGAGUGUGUGUCGUGCCGGAACGCCGUCGCGGUGUUCAGCAUGUCGUACUUCGGCAAGUUCUACCUCGUGGGCCCCGACGCUCAGAAAGCUGCCGACUGGCUCUUCACAGCUGACGUCUCCAAGCCAGUGGGUGCCACCGUGUACACGUGUCUGCUGAACGCUCGUGGCGGGGUGGAGGGCGACCUCACUGUGAGCCGCGUGGCACCCGGGAAAGGAGACGACCCACUCGCUCCCGAGUUCGAGGGUGACGGCUUCUACCUGGCGGUGGGCGGCGCUGCGGCGCAGCACGCCUGGUCCUACGUGAGCUCCGUGCUGCAGGACGGCGCCUUCAGGUGUCGCCUCGUCGACGCCUCGCCCCGCUUGGGACUCCUCAGCGUGCAGGGCCCUCGCAGCCGGGAAGUCUUGGAAAAGGUUCUGGAUGCUGAUCUCAGCAACGAGAGCUUCCCCUUCUCCACGCACAAGCUCGUCAAGGCGGCUGGGCACGAGGUGCGCGCCAUGCGCGUGUCGUUCGUGGGGGAGCUGGGCUGGGAGCUGCACGUGCCGGCGGCCGCGUGCGGUGCCGUCUACGCGGCGGUGAUGGAGGCCGGGCGGCCCCUGGGCAUCGUCAACGCCGGCUACCGCGCCAUCGACUCGCUCUCCAUCGAGAAGGGCUACCGCCACUGGCACGCCGACCUCCGCACGGACGACUCUCCGCUCGAGGCCGGCCUGGCUUUCACCUGCAAGCUCAAGUCGUCCGUCUCGUUCCUGGGCCGCGGCGCGCUGGAGGAGCAGCGCCGGCGUGGGCUGGCCAAGCGCAUCGCCUGCUUCACCAUCGACGAGCGCGUGCCACUGCUGGGUCUCGAGGCGGUCUGGAGGGACGGCCGCGCCGUGGGGCACGUGCGGCGAGCCGACUUCGGCUUCCACAUCGACCGCAGCCUCGCGUACGGGUACGUGCAGGACCCCGCGGGCAUCGCUGUGACCACAGACUUCCUGCGCAACGGGGACUAUGCCAUCGAGAGGAUGGGCGUCAAAUACCCGGCCAAGUUGCACCUCAAGUCUCCCUUCGACCCCGAAAACAAGCGCGUGCGCGGGAAUUACGAGUGACGCGCGCCGCUCACACCGCGCCCACCGCUGCCACCAGCAGUCGCUCAUCUCGAAGCGUCGCCCGUGACGUACGGCCUACACAAAGCGCGAUCGCUAAGGCCUGCGGCGAUUUGCCCCCUCGGCCCCGCCCGCACGGCUAGACAAAUUGUCGCAAUUCACGUUGCAAUUCUAUUCGAGAAUCAAUGGUUUUCCAUCUCAAUCUUAGCGAGGCGUUUGUAUUUUACGUAUCGUGCCUUCAGCCUGUGCUGUCUGCCUCGUUUGCUCCAUUCAAUCUCAUCGUAGCCCUUGUUUCCCUAAAUCCCAGCUCCGAGAAUGUUGAAUAUCGGUUUGACCGUCGUGCGACGAACAUCACUUUCAUAUGCAGAGCGAGUGGGAAAAUGGUGCCCUCUGCUAUGUGUAGACCAUUGGUCGGUUGAAGGGUUGAAGCGGGUCUCAGAGGUUGCUCUGUAGUGUCCGCGUCUGUGGGCCGUUCUCCAACACCAAGGGUUAACCACACUGCCCUGCGAGAGAUCUGAAAGGAUGCCUCGUAAAAUUCUGGAUAAAGUUGAAGGAUAUGACAAGAAAAAUAACAUUAGCGUAUAACUAGCACGAAUCGUAAGUAGUUGGUUCACACGCGUAUGAAAAAACUAGAACAGACUCACAUUGACGAGUCGAUGAAUCUUUACUGCAAAGCAGGCUGGAUAUUUGCUAAUAUGGAGAACGGUGAGCUGUGAGCUGUUAGUCAGUGGGCCAGAGCAGCGGAAAUGUGUACCACAUAGGCAAUAAUAAUCAAUAAGAAAGGUUUUUAGGUUAGAUCGCAUAAAUAUAAAUGUGCCGUUAAUCCACCACCACCCGACACAGGGAAUUAGUAAGGUGCGUCACAUGAACAAAACGUGCUACUACAUACCUGUCAACCCCUAAUCAGUGCCCUACCUUAUUAUAGACCAAUUCAGACCUUAUUGGUCACCCCGUGCCCUUACACAUCUCAACGUUCAUCCUACAAAGACCCAUCACCACAAGGGAGAAACACAAUAAAUAGACAAAAAAAGAUUUGCCCGUAUUGAAACGGCUGUACGCCGUAUGAACCUGAAAAAUCAAUUUCACCUGUCCAAUAAUACGGAUAAACCGUAUGGGUUGACAGGUACACAGUUAGUUACUACUUCAACACAGCAGUGUGUUGACGAGUAACCUCACAACACUUAUAAUUAAGGACAACAUAGAUAAGAAACCUUUGUCGCAUCGAUUUAUUUCUGUAACUAAUACAAAUGAAUUACUUGAUAACCCGAUUCAUUUCAAGAGGCUUUUUGGGAUAGAUCGCGUAAAUAUAAAUGUGUCGUUAAACCCGCCACCACCCGACACAGCCAACUAGUAAGGGUUGUCACGUAAACAGAACGUGCCAAUUCAUUACUAGUACAGCACUAACCGGUGUUAUGACGGCGAUAAGACACAAAGUGAGUGCUGUGUCGCUGGUGGAGUCUUUGAGACCGACAGGGGAAGUUUCCUUCAUUUCGCUCUCACUUAAGAUAUUCUACAACGAAAAGUGUGGAGUUUGCCUUGAAAUCACCCUGGUAACAAAAUGGCGCUUUUCGUGUCUGUGGUUGGGUUCCAUUUCCCGCGCCGUACUUCCGUCAUCGUGGAAUCGACCCGAAUGUGCGAAUCGUAAAUAAAUCCUGCGCUUGUUGCUGUCAGCCGGUAACGUCUCAUUGCUGGGACAAGGCCUCACAUUCCUUCCUUACCCCAGUUGCUCCUGUCCAGGGCGCCACGAUGGCGAGAUGUUAACUCCCUCGCCUGGUGUACAGGAGGUCGCGGGCUCGAUCCCGACCCUAGCGCCUGCUGCUGUAUACUUGGAGUUUACGUGUCUCUCUCGCCAUGGUCACAUGGAUUUUCUCCAGGUCCUCCGGUUUUUACAUCCACAAUUAAAGUAUUUGUGGCUGCAAUACAUUUCCACGUAUUAAUCCGCUUUAUUGAGCUAUCAUUUGUGGCGAGGUCCGCUUCUGAAAAAGAGCUACAUAGCUCAGUGGGCCUUACCUUGUAAAAUAAAAAUAGUUUACUUUUUAGCGGCCUCCCAACUCUACGGUCCUGUCUCGUUGCUACCGUCUCUUCUGCGGUCUCUCUCGGCUCGGCUUGCCCUUCUCUCGCGGGCUCCGCUCGUUUGUUAAUUCCGUUUCUCAUCUCUCGUCGGGUUAUUCUCGUGCGUAAUUCUGCCCCAUCUCCACUUGAUUUCUUCAGGUUUAAUUCUCAGCAACAUUUACUUACUCAUAACGUACUAAUUUCCGUAGGUCAUUGGCUUCUUUUAUGCGUGUAUCGUGAACGUGUGAUUACAUAAAAUAUUAUGU